ACGUACACCAUAUUGACGUAUACGUUAGCAUAAUGCACACAAGCGCCAAACAAUGAGUUAAAACUUGGCGUGUGAAAAAGCACGAAAAGUCUUCGAUGUUAUUUGAAUGGCAGCCAGUGUUGUUAGCGCUAACCAGUAGCAGGAUAGCUAGCAUUAGCCCGCCCGGUGGCCUUGUAUUUUAUGAUUAGCGCAAGCUACGCGCGCAGACUUUAAAGUAAAGCACUUAAACGAUUCUAGUUUACCAGCUAGAGUCGUUAAAGCAUUUCAAUCAGCAAAGUGAAGGCUGUAUGAUCGCAGGCUAGCAUGGAGCUAGUUAUCUUAGCUAGCGGCCUCAAAGGCAGUAACGUUACGCUAGCUAAGAUGAGCUGAAACUUAAGUGGUUCCUGUUGGGAAUACGGGCUAAAAGUUAAACAGCCCUUAAGCUAUGUAUAUUUUGGUUUCUUUGAACACAUUUGUCUUACACUUACCUCAUACUAAACAACUUGUAGGGGAAAUCAUGUAUACGAAUAGAUGGAUAUAAAUAGAAUAGUCAUCUGUUGAAUAAGCUUAAAUGAUCCUUGCGUAUUUAAAGGAAAGUUGUUGUGAGACCACCUAGUAUACCAGAUGGACUCGGAGAUUUUGAACAUAGAGGAGAUAGUGAUGGGAAGGGGAUUGCCAGAUCCGCCUCCAGAAGCUCCCCCUGAAAAGCCAGCAGAGCCAUACAAACCCAUCACCUUUAAUGGACCUCCUGCACCCUCUGUUCAAUCAUACCAGCAUGAAAAUCUGCAGUGUUUCCAGUGCUUCAUCACGUUCUGCAGUGCCAAAGCCAAGGAAAGGCAUAUGAAGAAGAGCCACCGGGAAGAGUAUAAGCAACAGCUUCAGCAGGGAAACACAUUGUUCACGUGCUACGUGUGUGAUCGCACAUUUUUGUCAUCUGAGGAACUGACACAGCACCAGCCAACACACAGCAAGGACGACAAGCCCUUCAAAUGCGUUCACUGCAAGGAGAGCUUUAAAACGUUCUCUGAACUCACAGCCCAUAGAAGACAGGUGUGUCCAGAGAAACAGAUGGUAUGUAAAGAUUGCAAUGAAACCUUCCGGAGUGCUGGACUGCUGCGCAAUCAUCGCCUGACCCAACAUCUCCGCCCGGACGUAGAGAUUGCAGAACAGCCGGAGGACCCUACAAAGACCCACCGCUGUAAGAAGUGUGGUCAGGGCUUUGAAACGGAAUCGGAACUGGUAUCGCACCAGGAGAAGUACCCUGAAGGGCAGCAAUGUAAUGGCAGCGCUUCAACCGUCAAGAAACGUGGGCGGCCUUCCAAAACCGAAGAACCGGCAGGUGCUGAGAAAAAGGGAAAGCGGAAAAAGAAGGAUGAGGCAGAAGCACCUGAGGAGGCGGUAAAGGCCAGCAGCACGUCCGAGUCAGCAGCACCUCCUGCAGAGGAAAAAGGAAAAGCAGGUGGGGCAAAGCGUGGCCGUCCUUCUAAAGCAGCCGCAAAGUCAGAAACGGAAAAUAAGAAGAGUCCCGAGGAUGACGGUGAAGCUGCAGCAAAGGAAAAGAAAGCAUCUAAACCGGAUCCUGCCCCGCCUCGUCAGCACCCUUGUUCUGAGUGUGACCUCGCAUUCCCCAGCUUGAUCCAGCUCCGCGCUCACAAGAAGGAGAAACACGCUCCGCGGAAAGCCCACCCCUGCGAAGAAUGUGAAGAGAGCUUUGCCCGUCCUGAGCAGCUGGACGCCCACAUGUCACGCGCUCACGCUGUGGGCCGCUUUGCCUGUCCAACCUGCGGGAAGAGCUUUGGCCGUGAACGCACCUUGAGAGCUCACGAGAAAAGCCACCCAGAGGAGAAGCCUGAAAACCCAAGUGCUAAGAGAUAAUUGAUACGUGGGGACCUCACAGAAAGUGUAUGGUUUUUGAAGAUUUUAGUCAGGAAUUGCCCUUUUUCUUUUAACACUGGAGAUCUGAUGCUCCAGAUGAUGGUUUCAGAAGAGUGGGAAUGGUUUUGAGAAUGACCUUUUUAGCAAGUUUUGGAUUUAAAGUUGAGUUUUGAUUAUGAACUGUUGAAAUUUUUGGACAGACAGACACAUCUCCUAAAUUGACUAACCAAAUGUUCAGUCCAUCUAUUACACCCUUUGUCACAAAGCCUAGUUUAUUUGUGCAAACAUUUGAUUAACUUUUUAAAUGAUUUGUUUCAGUUUUUUAAAGCUUGAAAUGCGUGUGGUGUGAAUCUUACUUGGUGUCUUGAGUUAUUCAACUCACUUUGUGGUAAAAAAAAUUAUUUUUAAUGUUUUUUUCCUCAUGUUUUUUUUUUUUCAAAACAGAAUGGAUAAGUGCAUAUUUUGAAGCAUAUUAGAUACCUAGUAGAGAUACUAUGUUUGAAUGUUUAGACCGUUUGUCAAAAGAAAUGUGUUAUGUACAGCUUCUUGUUCAUAUUUUUGCAUUUUCUUUUUUUACACUUAAUAUUUUUGAUUAUGUUCCUUUCUAAAUUAAGUCUCAUUAAGGAAGAAUUUUAAAAUAACAUGAAAGUUCUGAGAAAAAAAAAAAAAAAAAAGAUUUUGGCUAAUGUGCUCCAGAUUCAAUGUGGAGUGUUUGGCGUGUGGGCAGAAAUGAUCCACUAUAAUCUUGAUUUGUCUUAAGGUAAUAUGUACUCCUUAAUUUUUUCACUUAUUAGAAUAAAAUAUGUCUUAGACAUUUCUUAAAUGGAACUUGUGGCUCUUUAAUGCCUUAAGAGUCCCAUGAGGAACUGUGUAUAUCAUCUGUUAUUCACUGAUUGGAUUGUUUCUCUCCCCACUGCAAUGUGUCUGGACACUGCAAAAAUGUAAUAAAAGAUGCCAUCCCAAGGGAGGCUGCUGAAGAAAUAA